AUGAACGGUCCCACGGGUGUCCUGAUUGGCGCCGGCAAAGGAGUCAUUCGGUCGAUGAUCUGCAAUGGCGAGCUCAAGUCCGAAGUCAUUCCUGUGGAUAUCGCCAUCAACGGCCUGAUUCUGAUACCUCACCACACCAGUCUCACAAAAAAGAGGCCCCUCCAGAUUCCGGUCUACAACUUGACUGUGGAGGACGAGAAGAAACGCACUUGGAAGUGGAUAAUGGAUGUGGGCCGUGACUUGGGCAUGAAGAUUUCUUUUCAGUACCCCUUUGAGGUGGGACUAUGGUAUCCCGAUGGAAAUAUGACCUCUAGCAAGUUCUACCACACUUUUUGCUCCAUAAUGUUUAUGUGGCUUCCGGCUUAUUUGAUUGACUUCCUGCUUCUGAUAUUUGGUCAGCGACGCUUCAUGAUCAGGGUUCAAACAAAGAUCGCAGUAGGUCUGGAGGUUCUGCAGUUCUUUACAACCCGGAAUUGGGACUUCAAGUCCACGCACUUCAAGCAAAUUUAUCAGGAAAUGGAUGCAACAGAUCGAAAGAUUUUUAAGAUCAACACUGAUGAUGUGGACGACUACGAGUACAUGAAGGUUAGCAUCUUGGGAGGCCGUCAGUAUGUCAUGAAGGAGCCUCUGACCUCAUUGCCCAAGUCCCGCAUCCAGUUAAGAUUUAUGUACGUCCUGGAUCGCAUUAGCAAAACCCUUAUUCUUUCGGGACUUUCGUACUGGAUCUCCGUCAAGCUAGGAAUUAUCGAUAUAGUCAGAAACGGAUUGCUACCCAGCCAUUAAGAUAAAGCCAGUCACGCAAAAGCGGAUUUUUCAUCGUUUCAUCAUGUUUUCAAGCCUAAAUGUACCAUAAUUGUAAAUCAGUUCAAAAUAAUUCAGGUGUUUUGUAUACGUUAUUUUAAAGAUUUUUUAAUAAGAAUACACAUAAAUACA